AUGUUCUCAAAUGUUUUCUCACUCUUUUCGGGAGAACAGUCCGCUGUCGUCGACGUAUUGAAUAUAGAAAGUACCACAGUUCCAGAACCCAGCCACCCCUAUUAUCCGCUCAAUCUUAAGCUCGUCAAAUACACCGAACCAACAUAUUCUUUUGUUUUCCUCUUGACAUGUUUUUUUUGUGCGGUUUCUGUAGUAGCAAUUUUAUCUUUGAUACUCAUCUAUCACAAAAAAUCAGUUGCAUCCUUGGAUAAAGGAUAUUUUAUAUGGUUCAACAUAACUGGGUGUAUUCAUGUAUUCUUAGAAGGAUACCUUUCAUUGUUUUAUGGGACAAUUGCUGAGGAUAAUGGGAUCAUGAGUCAAUUAUGGAAAGAAUAUUCGUUAAGUGACUCGCGAUAUUUAUCAAGCGAUCCAUUCGUAGUCAUCAUGGAAAGUGUUACUGCGGCAAUUUGGGGACCUGUCGCUUUUUUGACUUCUAUUGCUAUUUAUAAUAAUUAUCCAUCUCGCCAUCUAUUACAACUCACAAUUUCAAUAGGCCUGAAGCGUUUUAUUACUGGUUCUACUUUAUCGGAAUUAAUUUCAUAUGGAUGA